UAACCGGGUACAAGCGAGAAAGCCCUCUCCUCUCUCUUUAGUGUUUAUAGAAGAAGAGAAGCGGUGAAUUGAAUUGGGAAUUUGAUGUCCGUGACGCGAGGCUUCUGAGGCGCGAGAUAGAGAGAGCGCAGUGUGCAGAGGCAAAAACAAAUCGCUCCAAUUCCAUUUCCUCCCUCCCAAUAAAAUAUCCAAUAAUAAAAACAACAACUAUAUAUAUAUAUAUAUAUAAACACAGAAAGAAAAAGAAAGAGAAAGAUAAAGAGAGAGAGAGGAAAAUGUCGAAGAAGAAAGGGAGUGGAAACACGAUGACUCUCAAGGACUUUCACGGCGGUUCUAUCCCAACUGAUCUCCCUCUUCCCUCUGCUCCCGGUGUAAUUGUGAGGCCGUCGGAUCGUCCGGGUUACGACCGCCCGAACCCAUGGGGGAACCCGAUGGGGCGACCCGAUCACCGGUCGCGGCCGCACUCGUCUCCCGCGACGAGGCAUUUUGAUGACAAGACUCCGUUUCUCACUCACGCUGCUCACAUUGGCCGGAAUUUCGAUGAGGAUGAGCGGAAGCCGCUUGAUGGGGUGUCUGCCCCGCGGCGGACGAUUAGUGAUGAUAAUAUUCGGGUCCCGUCUGCCCGUGUUGAACUGAAGCCCGAGUAUGGGCCGAGUGGGAGUUUUUCGAGUAGGCAAGGAUUGGGUGGAGGUGGAAGUGGGAAUGUGAAUUCGUAUGCCGGGAAGGUUAAUGAGGCGGGUAGUGUUGUUGGGGUUAGUUCACAGAAUUUAGGUGGGAAUAGUGGGGGUUAUACGAAUGUGUGGGCAGCCAGGAAAGAGGCAAUGGGGGUUAACGAGCCGGUGCAGCAAGCUGCAUUGGCAGGACAAAAUGCUGUUUCAAAGUUUGCUCAUGCUAGUGCACUUGAUAAGGUGUCUUCGGGUAGAUGGCAAUCGAAGCAACCGGCCCCUUAUCAGGGUGAUGUUGAGGCAGCUAGGUCGCCCGAACGGGAGAGUGGCUUUCAGUCUAAGAACUUUGGUGGCAGUGGUGGUGGCUAUGAUAGUGUGGAUGUUGCGAGUGGGAGAGAAUAUCAUGAUGCUACAUUGGCGAGACAAGCUGAAAGGGGUCUGAAUAUUGAGGAUGGGGUUCGGGUUGGUAGGAAGGAGAUUCCGGAUUAUGAAAGAGCUGGGGCUCCUGUGUACUCAGAAUUAAAAGAGAGGAACCCAGUGAUUCAUGUGGAUAGGACUCAGCUGGCUCGUAAUGAUGGAAAACUUGGUGGGUCUGAAUUGCAUUCCCCAGUGCCUUUGGAGCCAUCCGAGCGGCCUAAGUUGAAGUUGCUUCCAAGAUCUAAGCCAUUGGAAAGUUCAGAACAACCUGUUCCUGUUGUCGAUCAUACACAGGGCUAUCAGCGGGUGAGGGACACUGCUCAUGCUGAAACUGUUAAUGAAGUGUAUGGAAAUAUGAGUCCUGCAAAACCUAGCAUAGCUAGCACUGAGAGUGUGAAGCAAGCUGUGGAGCGUCCCAAAUUGAACUUAAAGCCUCGGUCACAGCCUCCUGAGCAUUUGGAAGGAAAUGCUGAAAGAGAGAGGAAUAUGUUGUUUGGUGGUGCUCGUCCACGAGAACUGGUUCUGAAGGAGCGAGGGGUUGAUGAUGUUGGAAUCAACAACCUGGACUUGGUUCAACAAUCUGAUAGGGUUGAACAAAAUGUUCCUAGGACUGAAAGAGUUCAUGGGCAUGCAAUUCCUGCUCGCCACAGUGAAAAAACUGAGAAUUCUCAUCUUGAUCAAAUGACUGGAAAGAGAUACGAGAGGAAAGAUCACAGGCAAGACUCUGAGAGAGUUGAUAUGCAGAGGAGGAACUGGCGUAAUGAGAGCAGGAGGAAUAACAACAGAGAGACUGAAAGGCAGCAGCAGCAGCCUCAGCAACCGCAGCAGCAAGUGGAGAGGCCACCUUCGCCUGACACUUGGCGCAAGCCUGUAGAGCAGCCAAAACCAGCCUCCCCUGAUGCUGGUGGUCUGCGCUAUGGGAAAGCAGCUUCAGCUGUCGAGCUUGCCCAAGCAUUCUCUAAAUCAGUCUCUGAUCCAAAGAUAGCAGAUCAGUUUUCUGGUCAAAAGGCCCUCCCUGGCCGGACCCAAAUGCCUUUUUCAAGGCUGACUGGUCCAACCCCAAGGCCUCAGAUUAAUGGUUACUAGAUUUAUGAGUGGUUGGUGGGCAAUUGGGCAUCCAUUGCGGUAAGAAGAAUGUGUGGUGAUGUAACAUUGGGUAUGUGCAAGCUGAAAAAAAUACUUAGCAGCUUGUUAGUGAUGAUACCCGCACCUGAUUCUUUUCAUGGUUUUCUUCAGAAAAAUGAUUUGUCAUACAAAAUCAACUUCAAUAAUCUAGCUGACUGGUGCCAUCUUAUUUUUAAUUUAUUGUUGUGCCUUUUCUCCUUGGACAACUGUACUUUUCCUCAUCUUUUUAGAGGAGAAAGUGUUCUGUUGUCUUUUUAACUUGAGAUUUGAGGCCAUUUUAGCAUCA